GUUGUGUACACUGAGCGGUUGCUAGGGACAGUUAUCACUCCCUUUCAUUAUAACCUCAUCUUUCUUGUGUCACUAAACUUUUAAGGAGGAUAAAAGAACAUGAAGGUGGUUGCUUUGAUAAGUGGAGGUAAAGACAGCUGCUACAACAUGAUGCAGUGCGUCUCUGCGGGGCAGCAGAUCGUGGCUCUGGCCAACCUGCGUCCUGCUCAUACAGAUGAGCUGGACAGCUACAUGUACCAGACAGUGGGCCACCAGGCUAUAGAGCUGUUUGCUGAGGCCAUGGACCUGCCUCUGUACAGACGCACCAUUGAGGGUUCCAGCCUCGACACCAGCAGGAACUACACAGAGACAGAGGGGGACGAGGUGGAGGAUCUGUACCAGCUGCUGCACCUUGUCAAGGAGAAGGAGGGUGUUGAGGCCGUGUCUGUGGGGGCCAUUCUGUCCGAUUACCAGAGAGUCCGCGUAGAAAAUGUAUGCUCGCGGCUUGGUUUGCAGCCCCUGGCCUACCUGUGGCGCCGAGACCAAGAAUCCCUUCUCUCAGAGAUGAUAUCAUCUGGCCUCCAUGCUAUCCUCAUCAAAGUCGCCGCCUACGGCCUGGAUCCCGAGAAGCACUUAGGAAAAUCCCUGGCUGACAUGGAGCCCUAUUUGAAACAGCUUUCACAGAAGUAUGGAGUCCAUGUCUGUGGAGAAGGAGGUGAAUAUGAAACCUUCACGCUUGACUGUCCUCUCUUCAAAAAGAAGAUAGCCAUUGAUGCAGCCGAGACGGUGAUCCACUCAGCAGAUGCUUUUGCUCCAGUCGGCUACCUUAACUUUACCAAAAUCCACACCGAGAACAAAAACGCUGAUGUGGUGGCGAGAGCUUUGCCCCAUGGUAGUUGUCCUUGCCAGAAAGCCAUUGACAAGAUGACUGAGGAGGUGGAAUAUGCUGAUCAAGCUGAAGACAACCAGCACAAAUUUACAUCAAAUUGUGACCUUAGUUGUCAGCGGGGCCACGACACUUCUCCAUCUUGCUCAUCAAGAAGCUCCACAGGUUAUCAGUGGAUUUCUGGUAUCAGUGGACUUCACAGUCAAGACCCUGGGAUUGAGGGCCAGACAAUGGCAGCAUUUAAACUGCUACAAAAUGAGUUGGAAAGCAGAGAUUGGAGGAUGAAGAACAUCAUUUUGGUUCACCUGUAUGUGAGCAGCAUGGACGACUUUACUCCUCUCAAUGCUGUCUAUAAGAAACACUUUGACAUCAACCCUCCAGCCAGGGUGUGCGUCCAGGCGUCUCUGCCCGCCGGUCAGCUGCUGCAGAUGGACUGUCUGCUCCAUGACUGGAGCGAGCCUGUGGAGGACGGCUGCUUCCACCAGAAAGACGCCCUGCAUGUGCAGAGCCUGUCCCACUGGGCCCCGGCCAACAUCGGCCCGUACAGCCAGGCCCUCAGGGUAGACGAGGUGGUGUUCUGCGCUGGGCAGAUUGCUCUGGUCCCCUGUACCAUGCAUUUGGUGAACGCCGGCGCCUGCACACAAGCACGCCUGUCCUUCAGCCACGUGAAGAAGGUCCUGGAAGCCGCGAUGAGCGGUUUGACGGUGGCUCAUGUCGUCCAGGCCCACUGCUACAUCACCAGACACCAAGACAUUAGGAUGAUCAGAGCUGUCUGGGAAACCCUGCAAACGUCCACGGUGGAAGAGAAGGAGCUGCUGUGGGAAUCCGAGAUCAAACCGGUGCCAUUAUUGAUUGCAGUGGUGCCCGCCUUACCCAGGGAUGCAGCGGUUGAGCUGCACGUGACUGCAGUCAAGGAUGAUCCCAGCAGAAGAACUUCCCAUGACAUGGCUGCCAAGGUGGCAUGCGGAUCCAUCGAGUGCCACACCGUACUGUCGGCUGACAAACGCAGUGGUUCCCUCUCAAUCUCUCUGGCUGCUAGUCCAGUUGACAGCCUGAAGACCACUGAUGUGAAGUGUUUAACGGAGCAAGUUGGUGCCAUGUUCAUGAAGGCGAUGAAGAUGGUGGAUACUGAACUGGUCCCGCUGUGUGCAAGAGUGUUCUACAAGUGCAGCCACCCCCUGGCAUGGCAGAUAAUUCAAGAACUUGAAGCGAGUUUGAGAGGGACUUUGGCAGAGUCUGCUCCAUCCGUGGCCUCGGUUCCAGUCCUGAACUUGCCAGACUCGCAGAUCUUCCACCUGUCCUGCUGGCUAAGUUUAUAGAAGCAGAUGCAGAGUCAACAGCGCUACCGGGAGAAUUGACGGCACGCGAGAUCAAGUGGGGAUUUUCUGAAGAAAAGGCUUCGACGGCCCGACAUCAGAAGGACAUAAGUGGCUGUUUAACGCUGCCCGUUUGAUACCGUUCACUCUUGAAAUGCAGAGCUGCACGUGCCUUUUUGAGUAUGUGUUUAUUCCACUUUUGACCCAAGAACCUGGACCAGUAAUCCACUUUUGUCCUCAAACCGAGUUUACGACCACAGCAGCUGUCUCUCCACCUCAGAAACGAGUCUGAUGGAACUUCUCCAACCUAAAGCUACAUACCAGAGGGCUGGAGACCGGAGUCUACAAAGGAAGACACCAGCAGUGUCUCAUUCCACGAGUCGAUAAACCGUAUCCCCUGAUAUCCUGCAGUUUUCUGGUGGAAUUUUCUCUUAGCUGGCGAGCCGACACCCCUCAUAAAGGCCCGGCACCACCUCUGACACCACCUGCUCAGUUGUAAACCUUUCAGAUUUACUGUGGGACCGGUUUGGGGCUGCGUGUAAUGCGUUCCGAUAAUGUGAGUGUGAUUCUCCCCCGUGCUCCGUGGGGCUGUAGAUGCGAUAUUACUGUGUAAUAGGCAAUCAGCGGCAAGCACCUCAAAAGAUUAGGACUUUUUAUGUUUUGUAUCGAUUCAAAGGCAACCUGGUUAAUAGAAGAAGGACACUACUGCACGAGGCUGCAGGGCAAACGCGUCUUCUGUGAGAGAGUGUCUGUUUAGGGGGUCUUCACCCAAGCGCAAUCUGACGAUGUCAGGAGAGAAUACCGCUAUUAACCGUUACUCCUGGAACAUUUAUUUUCUCAAAGAUCUUGAACUGUAUUGAUAAGCUGAGCUGGAAUGCAUCUUCACACCGCCUUAUUCUCUUCAUUGCCCUUCUGGAGUGGAGAAGGCUAUUGAUCUUUACCCUACACACUGUUGUUUUGAUUGUUGUCAUCAAAAAUUGAACAAUAGAGACAGCCAAUAGAGCCUGAAGAUUUUUAUCGAGGGUUGAAAAAUACAAACAAGCAAUUGUUUAUGUGAGAGGGCAAGCCAAUUCUCCAUAAAUAUACAAUGUGUGUUAAUGUUCUCCUGCUGAGUUUUAAAGGACCCCCACUAGGGGGGACAUUCACAACGUUUCCUAUGAAAGUGGCUCAACAAUCUUCUAUUCAGCAAUCACAGAUUAGCAUGUAUCUUGCCAAACUGUUUUUUUUUUUCAUUUAUUCCCCUUAUCUUAAAUUGUUUUAUAGUUUAAAUGCCAAACAGUAUGGUAUCAGACAUGCAUGUGUUAAGGGAAAUAAAAGUCAUUUUUUAACUGGUUUUGUUCAAAAUUCCCAAUUGAUAUAAAGAAUAAA